AGUGAAGUACAAGAAGUAAGCGUAGCCAGAAGUAAUUAACCGGCAUCCGAAAAACACGUACGCGCAGCUAAAUACAACCGGCAGCGCAUGAGCCCACGUGAUGAACGCUGAAUUCUUUCUAAUGUAAGACGCACUUUGCCAAACUAAGAGGCCACCUUCCAAUGACAGUUAGAUUGGUUCAAUGCUUCCGAGUCACAUAGAAUGAUAAGGGUAGAGGUGUUGUCCACAUGAAAAUUCUGCAUUUCUAUUGGAUCUUUUCGAAAAUGGGUAUAAAAGGCGUGUGCCUUGAAUACUUCUGAACAAUACGGCAACGUAUAAUUUAAGAAUGCUCGCUAGCGGCACUCAAGCAUGUGGUUAAUAUUUCUUAUUUGGAGCUUUGGCGCUAGCACCGUUGCUAGCCUGUACACGCCACGCUGUUCCAACAGUGGUCCUCCAGUGUGUGCGACGAAUGGCCAGGAAUAUCUUUAUUUCGGCAACGAAUGCAAACUGAAUGCGUAUAUUUACCAACAACAAUUCCAGGAAAAACCGAUUCCCGUCAGGACGGACAUGGACAAUUGUUUGUUCCAUUGUUAUGAAAUUGUUUGCCCAUCGGUAUAUAAACCCGUUUGUGUGCAGCAAGUGCCUGCAGGGCCGAUAACAACGGUCGCGCAUCCAUGUCUAGUGAACCGACUGAUUUGCGAGACUAAACAGCAUUGGAAAAUCAUUAGCGAAGGACCUUGCAUCCCGGAUUAUAGUUUCUCUUCUGCAACAGCACAAGAUUACCAAACGUAUGAUCUUAGUUCUGCACCUUACGAUGGCUCAGCUCAAGCUCAAUUACCAACGCCACCUUCCUAUGGAUCUCAGGGCCAAGAUUACGAUGUAGCAGCUCUUAUACCUUUACUUGGCAAUGCGCCAUCACCAUCGUGGUACGGUGUUCAAGAAACAGAUUAUGCAGUGCCAGCUCCUGCUUCUAUCUAUGAUCUUAACCCCGCCCCUGCUCCUUAUGACGGCUCAGCUCAAACUCAAACACCAACGCCAGUCUCGUAUGCAGCUCAGGGUCAAGAUUAUAAAGCACCAGAUCCUGCACCUACACUUUACGCUGCUCCACCAACAUCAGCGUACGGAGAUCAAGGCAAAGAUUAUGCAGCGCCAGCUCCUGCUUCUAUCUAUGAUCUUAACCCGGCUCCUACGCCUUGUGACGGCUCAGCUCAAACUCAAACACCAGCGCUAGUCUCGUAUGCAGCUCAGGAUCAAGAUUAUAAAGCACCAGAUCCUGCACCUACACUUUACGCUGCUCCACCAACAUCAGCGUACGGAGAUCAAGGCAAAGAUUAUGCAGCGCCAGCUCCUGCUUCUAUCUAUGAUCUUAACCCGGCUCCUACGCCUUGUGACGGCUCAGCUCAAACUCAAACACCAGCGCUAGUCUCGUAUGCAGCUCAGGAUCAAGAUUAUAAAGCACCAGAUCCUGCGCCUAUACUUUAUAAUGUUCCAAAUUGGAAUACGGCACCACGCCCAUUUUCAUACGCAGGUCAAAGUCAAACUUGCACAGCCUCAGCUGCUGCUCCUCUAAUUAAUUCUGUGGCGGACCAAAGUCCAAUAUCACCACCAUAUUCUUACGGAGUUAUAGGCCAAUCUAACGAAGUACCUGCAGCCCCAGCUCCUGCUCCGGUAUCUUAUUCUGGGUCAGACCAAUAUGCAGCACCAUCACCGUUUUCCUAUAUAAUUCCAUUAGAAACAGCAAAAUCAGCUGCGUACUCAGACCCAAAUCAGUAUCAAGUACCUGCACCAUCACAUUUUGUAGAGCCAUUACCCUUUGCUGCUCCAGACAAAAGCUCAUAUCCAUCACUACCGUAUUACAAGUCACCACUACAGCCAGAUCCUGUAUCUGCUUCCUAUUCAGUGCCAUACCCAUUUGCAGCACCACAACAAGCAUCAGAUGCUAAUAUGCAAUCAACACCAACUCCAAAUCCGUACGUUGCCCCCAUUCCAGAUUUCGCAGAUUAUCUAAGAGGGAAGCUCGGACGAUAUCCGGACCCAGUAUUCGAUAACAGUUACUCAGAACUGGCAACAGCAUUAAAUAUUGCACGACUUUUCCGGUGGCUGCGUUUGCCUUUCGGACCAAUUUAUUACCGGCCGAAUUACAUUCAUAUUAUUUAUAACGAGGAUUAGAUAACGGUUCAACAAGUAAUUGCCAUGUGUUACAAGUUAUGACCCAUAAUGGGUGAAACG